GUUCAAACUUUUGACAGGUAAGUGAAUGUCAUUUGUUUUGUGUAAGUUUUGAGCUCCUUGUUAGUGUCUUUGUUAGAAGGCGGAUAAAAGAACAGGAUAGUUGAGUAAUGUGUGAGUAAGGAAGCAGUGUUUAUAACGCCUCAGCGUCCUCAACAUCUAGUGUUUACAGUUACUAUAACUACUGAACACCGUCAGCGUCCCAGUCGAGACACAGAGACGGAGAAGGAGAAAAACAUUUCUCUAAUUCACUCUUCAUUAAAGAAAGCAGAGAGGUUUUUUUCAGGUCAAUGUCGGUGAGAAUCCCUCCUCCCAGGAGAAGCCCUACAGGAUGUGACCCUGGCAGGAAUCCUGAGUCCACUGGGACAGCUGUGAGUGAAGAGACUCCCGUCUCUCAGCUUCAUCUUUGUGAGUCAGUGAGUCAAGGAGUCCUCCAGGGGGCGCUGCAGUCUCACCUGAACACACAGGACUACCGACAUCCACACAAUCAAAGCGCUGCCCGAGAGCAGCUCUUACAGAUGCAGGUGAAUCAGCUCCAGAAAGCUCUACACGAGCAGAAUGCACUACUUAACUUUUUGAGUCCAGGACUCAUUCUGUCCCCGGCUUUCUUAACCCAGUACGAGGCUUAUUCACUCACGCAGCAUCCUGAAACAGAUCCGGUCUCCCAGUCUGAUGCGGUGAUAGACUGCAAAAAGUGUGUUAUUAUCAGAGCUGGAGUGGAACAGGACGUCCCAGGCUGCGGUCCUCAGCUAACACGGUGCACAGACCACACGUCUCCACAGACGGUCAGUACAGAGCAGAAACGUUUGUCUCCCAUUAAAGAGGAAUCUAGCGAGCCGGGGGAGGAAGCAGGCACGGUCAGUCCGUUUGGUGUCAGGAGAAAAGUCCCAAGGAAUCCAGAGGAAAGACCUAUUCGGCCUGGACUCAAAGAAACGGAGAAGACUUUUGAAGACUUUGUUGAAGAGCAGCUCAGAUUGGAUAAAGAUUUGACAAAAAAGGAUAAACAGCUCAGAACAGCAGAGAAAAGGAAUUUCCUGCGUAAAGGCGAUGGAAGAUCUAGGAUCAGCCAAAGUAAAGGUGAUAUCCAGAAAAUCCAAGCAGCCUCACAGAUACACAGACACUCAACAUCAUGUCCUGUCCAGAACAGUGUCCAAAGCAGCUGUAUGAUCCGCAGCCAUCGUACUCGAAAAAGCAGCAGCUCAGCUCUAGAGAACCUUAUGUUAAAGAAAAAACAGAAAGCGGAAUGCUCUGAGCAGAUAUCUGGCCAGGAGAACCUACUGAGGAACAAUGUUACUUCACACGAUGCCAAAUCUCUGGAUCUGAAUAACAAGAGACAUUCCUCUCCAAAAAUCCAAGACAAUUUCAAGCAGCCGAAUCAAACAAGAAGCACCAAGUUGCAAGAUGGCUGCGUUAUGCUUUCUGGCAGAAAUGUGGCUUCUAGGAUUCAUCUUCUUGAAGAAAGAAUUGGCUUUAAAACGGUAAACGAUCGCAUCGUCCGAGUGUGUGAUCUGGAGGAAGCAACAACCAAGGCGCUAAGCUUGACAACUGAAAUAAAGAAGCUGUUCCUCCAGAGCUCUUCUGGUGGUGACAGCACCGGUGCGGAGGAAGAUCCCAAACCUCCAACAUCUCCUAAUCCCUCAGACGAUAGGAUGGAUCAAUCCGACGAGGAUUACGCCAGCGACGCUCCAAGUGAUGCCGAAACGACCCCGGAAUGUCCACGUGCUACACGAUGCUUCUCAGCUCAUCUUUCCACUUCAUCCGGAUCUGAAGACGAGAGCGACUCUGAGCUUCAGCGGCUCAGCUGGACUGAACCUCACAGAGUCUCCUCGCAAAUAUCUCCAAAAGAGACCAGCGCUGAGGCUACACCCUUCAGCACCAGGAGCUCGGAGCUCCUCGCUAGGAUUUUCCCUCAAGUGAAAUCCAAAACGGACAACAAGCUCGGGGAGACAGCAUCAGGAACACAGCACUCAGUGAACGGAAGUGAACCAGUGGAGAAAGUACAGGAAGAUAUCAGAGACGGAACAAGCGAUGACCUGAUGAUGGACAAGAUGAAAACAGAGCAGGAUAAAGCACUGAAUUUCAUCAGAUGUGAAAUGGACCGUUUUUCUAAUAGCGACAAAGACAGCGUGCAGAACUUCAGACCUUCAGACCACACACCUCAGGCCUUAACACAGCACCUUAACAAGACAGAGGAUCUCAGAGAGGAAGUCCAGUUUCUGAAAGAGCAGCUAAAGAGACGUGAGUGCGAGUGGUGGCAGGCUCACAGCGAGCUGCAGAGUCGAGUCGAUUCCCUGAGCAAAGAGAACCAGGAACUGAUGAAGAGUCAGCGUGUCGUUCAUGUUAGACCUCAGAGAUCCUCCGGCAGAUCCACACCUCAUCCUGACGCUCGAAACCCGCAGACGAGAAGACACUCGAUUCUUGAAUUUAACAAUUCCCAAGAAAAGAAUGAACAGAAAAUUUCACCUAUAAGACGAGACUCGUCAAAUUCGAGGACUUCCACGGCGUCUCAGAGCCCGGAUGAUAGCGACACAAUCCUGUACAGUGAGUACAGAGAAAAGGGAUCGUGCAGAUCUCCAAAGAAAAACAUCGGGGUCGUGAUCAAAAAUUCGGUGCCCAAAGCAUUACAAAAUACAUUGAAAUCUGGGAAAUCUGGUUCCUCUGAGUCUGAUUAUGGAUCCACAGAUUUGACUGAGGAUUUGCUCAAUUCUGAGAUGAAGCUUAACAACACUCAAGUAGACACUAAAGCUGUAGUUAGAGAAGAAACUCGAUAUCCAGAUGGUAAGGUGGAACAGCUCCUGUCUGACGGAUCACGUGUUAUCGUUUUCCGUAACGGAACCAGAAAGGAGAUCGGAGCAGAUCAGAAAUCAAUCACAGUCACGUUUUUUAACGGAGAUGUCAAGCGUGUUCUGGCUGAUGGGACCACGGUCUACUAUUACUGUGACGCUCGGACGACUCACUCCAUUUACCCGUCCGGUUUGGAGGUUCUGCAAUUUCCAAACAAGCAAAUAGAGAAACGGCAUCCUGACGGUACACGAGAGAUACUUUUCCCAGACGGUACCAUCAAGACCGUGUACGCCGACGGCCGACAGGAAAGCUUCUUCCCUGAAGGAACGGUUGUCAAGUUAGCAAAAAACGGAGAGAAAACAGUGGAGUUCACAAACGGCCAGCGUGAGAUCCAUACGUCUCAAUAUAAACAGAGGAUUUAUCCCGACGGAACCGUUAAAACUGUCUACUUAAACGGAAGGCAAGAGACGAAAUACUCAUCCGGGAAGAUUCACAUUAAGAACAACGAAGACAUCGUUAUGACGGACAGAAAUUGAAAGAAAACCCAUUGCUACAUUUUUCUAUGAGGAGCUUGAUAUGUACAGUCGUCUUCAGAAAUAUUGGCGCCCUUCAAAAAAAAUAAAAAAAUUUGGCGACAAUGACAAUGCCGGAAUACCACGAGUACUAUGUUGCAGAAAUAUUGGCAGCCUAGAAGAAACGCAAACAAUUCUCAUCCUUGGUGGGGAACCCUUACAUUUUGAAAUGUACUGUCAAAGUGCACACACAUUCACACCAAGGGGUGAUUUAACAAUGAUUUUGAAAUAACUGGAGGAAACCAGAGAACCCGGAGGAAACCCGGCUACGCUAUCAUCUCCAUGUCAAUAAAAAAUAACGAUCGAUUAAAUACUACUACUCGUACAUCAUCCCUGAAUGCCAGAGCUCAUCAAUAGAUAUAUUCAUUUUCACAUAUUUUAAUGAUGUGUUCUCAAGAUGUGAAAUAUAUACCAUGAAGAUAAUAAUUGCUUAAUUUAUUGACUUUAAAAAAAAAAAAAAAGUAGGGGAGUAUCAUUUAACAAUUAAAGCCGGAUCAUUAUUCUGUAUGACGGUGUAGUUGCCUAGUUAAAUUAAAGCUGAUUGACACCUCCACCGAUGUUUGUGUAUGGCUCUUUCUGAGUUUAAUUAGUAUCCUUUGACUCCACAAUACCACAACUACACAUCACUACCAGAAAAAAGGAGAGAGGGAAAAAUACAUAAAUAGAACAACAAAUAUUCACCUUAGGCACUAAAUCACUUUAAAGCGCAUCAAAAUAAAUAGUUAAAGUUUAACGCCUUAUUUUAUAUCCGUUGCUCC